CAGGCUUGGCCUCUUCGGAGCCGCCCCCUGGCCCUAGUGUCUGGCCACACACUGCCCACUCUGCACCGCCCGGGCUCCAGACUCUUUGCAGCCCAUACCGUGUGUGCCGCGUCCACCCGAGCCAGGAGCGCCCCGCAGGCGGGCUGUGGUGGAUGCGCGGGCGGCAGCCCACAGUAUGGAUUCAGAUUCUGGAGAGCAGAGCGAGGGCGAGCCCGGGACUGCUGCAGGUCCUCAUGUGUUUAGUUCUAAGAAUCUCGCCCUUCAAGCCCAGAAGAAGAUCCUAAGCAAGAUAGCCAGCAAAACUGUGGCCAACAUGCUGAUUGAUGACACCAGCAGUGAGAUCUUUGAUGAGCUGUACAAAGUCACAGAAGAACACACCCACAACAAGAAGGAGGCCCACAAGAUCAUGAAGGAUGCAAUCAAAGUGGCAAUCAAAAUCGGUAUUCUCUACCGGAACAAGCAGUUCAGUCAAGAGGAGGUUAUAAUUGUGGAGAAACUCCGGAAGAAACUGAACCAGACUGCGAUGACCAUGGUCAGCUUCUACGAAGUAGAGUAUACCUUUGAUACGAAUGUGCUCUCUAAGCUUCUGCAUGAGUGCAAGGACCUGGUACAUGAACUGGUGCAGCGACACUUGACACCCAGAACCCAUGGACGCAUAAACCAUGUCUUCAACCACUUUGCUGAUGUGGAAUUCCUUUCCACUCUCUAUGGUCCGCAUGGAAACUGCAGGUCCAAUCUCAAGAGGAUUUGCGAAGGAAUCAAUAAAUUGUUAGAUGAAAAGAUCCUCUGAACAGCUUCCCCUCUCUUCGACUUUGCUGCUUCAAAGUUAGAAUAUUCAACCUCAUCCAGUGAGAAUCAAGCAGCAACCCUUGUUCAAGAUGUUCUUGUGUCUUCGUUAUAAUUCUGAUGUGGAUUCAAACCCAGACUUGGUAUGUUUACUCCCUGGGCACAGGCAAGAGCUCUCAAGCCUAAACGAACUGUGUUUGCCAAGAAUAGUCAACUGUUGUAAGCAGGAAGGCUGCUUUGCUUACCAUCCUGAGCUCCAUUCAUCUCGAAGUGAAAGGCAUCGUGGAAUAGGAUACAGGAAACAUGGAUGUGGAUACCAGCCCUGCCACUGUUAAGGAGAUCUAUGUUCUGGAACUUGAUGCUUCCUGACUACCUCACUGGGCUGUGGUGAGGACUGAACAGGAGAACUCGCAUCCACAGUUUUCUGAAACAGAGACCAGUGACUGUAUAUAAUAAAUGGGUGUGGCAUAAUUGUUCAUAAUUAGUGGGUUUGUUUGUUGCUAGUUGUCAUAGCAUAUUUAGUAAUCACAGUACCGUAGAGGCCGGGUUAUAAGAAUUAUGCUUGGGGUUGGGAGGAGUAUGGACUGCAGAAUGAGGUUCAGACAAACCUGACCUAUACAGAAAACUCUCAGGAAAGAAGUAGAAGAAAAGGAAGAAAGAGUUCCUUGCCUCCUUAAGAGAAAUGAGAGUCCAGGUGAAGCUGCUCCCUUUGUUCUGCACGUGGAUUGAGGACAUCUGUUCAAGGCUGCAGCGGUGACUCUCAGUUUAGGAAGAGCAAUGCUUUCCUUAUUUUCCGGUUUUCUCUGGUUUCUCCGACUCUCCAGUUUCACCUCCAGCUACAUCUGUUCAGAACCACCCUAUGUCGCAGGCUGCGUUGACUCACUGUCUCACAUGUCUCCUCCUCUCCUUUCCUCUUCCACAGACAUGCUCUGUUUGGAUGAAUGCUUUUUAAUUUCCUUAAUGAGAUGAUUAGUUCUGUUUUGUAGGGGGUGUAGGUUCUGCCCUUAAAUUUUAUUUAUAAUUGAUCUGUACUCAUUUUAAGUAUUUGUUGUGGCAUAAAGCUUCAGUAGAUGUAUAUUCUGUAUUAUCAAAUCAGUGUAAUUAGCAAAUCUAUCACAAAUAUUUAUUUUUUUCUGGCAGGGAUAUUCACAAUCCCUCCCUUGAGCUAUUUAGUAAUAUGUAGCACAUUAUUGUUAGCUAUAACUACCUUAUUAUGAAACAGAACAGUAUAACUUUCCUAUGUAAAUGCGACUAUCAGUCUCUCCCCAUCUCUCUCCCUCUCCACUUUCCACUCUGUAAUAACUGAUGUUCUGCCUUUUGUUUUUUAGAUAUUAACUUCUGAAUUACUUCCUGUUUGUGAAUUACUCAGUGUUUGUUCUAUGUCUGUCUCAUUUCACUUAACAUAAAGUUUUGUAAUUUUAUCCACAUUGCUGCAAAUGUCAGAAUUUUUUUUUUAACAAUAAAAAAAAAACUCAUUCC